CCCCAUCCCCUCCUUAAAACAAGAUUGAAAGAGACGGCGACAAAGAGAGAGAGAGAGAGAGAGAGAGAACAAGAGAGAAAGGCUGUAUAGAUUUGAUUCAUAUUUGUUUAUAACCAACAACUUUGUCCUCUCCUCCACCCCUCCACCCCAUCCCCUUUAUCCUUCCUUAACUGUCCCUUUCUACGAUGGAUGGAGUACUUGGCUUGCCAUCCUUACAAACCAUCCUGCCUGCAACAUACAGACCCAUUGUCGUGAUCUGCAUUGGAAUAUGGGGUUGGGCAUUCAGUCUCCUGAUCCUCAUCAGGUCUCAUAUGGACCCAGCAUCCAUACUUCAAAUUCAUCCUGACAAAAAUGUCAACCUACACAAUCCGAUUUUUGCAAUCGCAAGUGUCCUCACUUGUAUAAUUACCCUCAAUUUAUGGUUCUGUUAUCAUUACGGAACACCAUCAUCAUGGUUUCCUCUUAUUACAUACCUUGCUGCAUUUAUUAUGAUACUUUGGCCCGGAAAAGGAUUUUAUCGCAAAGAACGAACAAGGUUUCUGAGAGUCUUGCGCCGUCUAUUCUCCUUAAAUAUCUUUGCUCCAGUUUUCUUUUCAGACAUCAUAUUGGCCGAUAUCCUCACAAGUCUAUCGAAUGUAUUUGGAGACCUGUUUACAACACUCUGUGUCAUUUUGGCUGGCCAAGACGCAACUUUAGAAAAGACACAAGUAGACUACCACCGCGAUGUAUUUUUACCGAUCCUAAUUAGUAUUCCAUAUUUCAUUCGCCUAAGACAAUGUACAUCUGAAUACAUUGACUCAAACCGCAAGACAAAAAGACAUUUGUUCAAUGCAUUAAAAUACGCUUCUGCAUUCCCAGUCAUCCUUUUGUCGGCAGCCCAGAAACGAGCUGCAAUGUAUGUAGCCGAGACUGGAUCUGUCCCAAAAUCAUGGAUGGCAUUUGUAUUUUUCAACUCAAUGUAUUCUUUCUGGUGGGAUAUUUCCAUGGAUUGGAACCUGGUGCACAUCACACAGGGCGGUACAGGAGGAAAACUCGGCUCGGUACUCUCCGUACCAACUGUCCGGAUCCGAAGACACCUCCAUUUCUCACAGCCAAUGCUAUACAUCUUGGCCACAGCGAUCGAUUUCUUACUCAGGACAACAUGGAGUAUGAAGCUCAGUUCUCAUCUGUUCGUCAAGAAAUUGGAAAAUAGCAUAUUCUUGGUAGAACUCCUGGAAGUCAUCAGACGUUGGAUCUGGGUAAUAUUUCGAAUGGAGAGUGAAUGGGUAAAGCGAAACCAGAUUUCUCUUCCGUCCCACAGAAACGAUCAUGACCCAAUUCGAAUGGACCUCUUGGACCGUGGAAAAUUGACUCCCAUUAGUGAAGAAGACGAUGACGGCGAUGAUAACGAUAACCAAACCAUAUAAAACACACACACACACACACAUAUAUAUAUAUAUAUAUAUAUUUAUAUUUAUACAUAUACGCCCACACUCACAUUCUUAAUUUCUUAUUCUUUUUGUUGUUGUUGUUUUUGCUCUGAUUUUGUUUCUUUAUUAUUAAUCUGUUCAAGACACCUAUUUUCUCUCUAUUUAAUCAUUACUAUUACUACUAAUACUUCUUCUUCAUUUCUUCUUUAUACAUUUUACUUUAAAUAUAUAUAUAUAUACAUAC